CUAAGGUAGCCCAGUCCAGUUUUGUCUGUGCGUGUGUACUGCCAGGAUCGUGCCCUAGCUGCGCCUUGGCAGCAAACCUGCCUCCGGAGCCAACCUCUUACUGAUCGGAGCCCACCUGUUUUACUGAUCGUCUGCCAACCCUGGCUGGGGCUGGCAGACUGCAGGAUUCCCAGGCUGGCUUCGGGGAAGGGAGGAGGAUCCCCAUAAUGCACUGGGCACUCACACAUUGCAUUUUGGGAGCUCCAGGGAGUGGGGCAAUGUGGGGCAAUGCAUCCCGGCACCCCGACCCUCUGAGCUACUGGCAGAAGAUGGCAAUCAUCUGGGAGGCCAAUCCGGCCACCCAGCGACAAGAAGAGGAUCAUCUCCGGAGGAGAUAGCUCCUCAAUGGGUGUCUCUCCAUUCCCCACACUCCAAGCAAAAGCACCCCAUGGCACCUUCACAUCCUCAGCAGGGGACCUGUCAUGAACAGUAUUACAGAGACAUGAAUUCAGUAACAGGAAGCCCAGCUGAAGAAGAGACACAGAAUAGCUGCCAGCAAACUCACAUGCGUCAUGAGUCAUUCCAGAUGUGGAUAUAAAACAGCGGCUGCCUGUGCAAAUGAAUUCCCUGAUCCCAAAGAGAGUUGAUCUAAACGGCGAGGUGCUACUACUUGGUCAGAAAUUUGCACUCAACGAAGUUCUUGCUGUCAAGUGGGAAGAGAAAAAAUUGCUGCCUGUUCCAGACACACGACGAAAGUUGGAAGGAAAGGCCUAAACUAUAGAAACAAAAAAAAAAAUCUAUUUUUGGAAAACCAAGGAUGUGCUGGAAGACCAUGCUGUUGCUCUUGUUAUAUUACAAUGCUCAUGCCACAGUGCCCCCCAGGUGGAAUCGAGCAAUGCUUUUCCCCUCUGCUCAGCGAGUGAAGAGAUCCUCAGCAGCUCUCCUCAACCCAGUGCUUCAGAAGUCUCAGGAAGACGUGGACCUUUUCUUUGAGUUUCUUCUAGGUGAGCUGGACAUCAAUGAUGAACUGGAGAUCUCUGUCAAAGACCAGGAACUGGCUUCACUGAGGAAGGCCGAAGCCUUUGGCACUUUGUGCAAUGAUGUCAUUCCCAAAAGCAUUGUGGAUAUUCGCAGGCUGAAUGCCAGGCUGUUGAGCUACCCCGGGAUGUUAAAGAAAGAAGAUUUUGAAAGGACAGUGUUGACCAUGGUCUACACAGCAUAUAGAGUAGCUAAGUCCCAAGGACAGCAGAAAGACACCUGGGCUGAAUCCUUUGUUAAUCUAUACAAGGCUCUGAAGCAUGACUUGAAGUUGUCAUUCAGCCAAACCCGAUCAUCUCAAAGGACUUUAUAGACCAGCAAUUCACAUUGAUAGGAGACACUGAGCACAGUUGCCUCUUUGCUCGAUAAACAAAAGUUUAGGACUGCAGGCACAGAAACAUUCUUUGUUCUCUAGCUCCUCCUAGAGGGCUCAUAUUAAAAUCUUUUUUGGGGGAAAUCUGAUUGUAUUCAUUUCUGCUAGAGGUACAUUCAAAAUUCUCCCUGGGUGUUGGACUUCCAAAUUCUCUAGUCUUGUUUUCAAAGUGUAGCUGAUGCCUUAGGAAUCCUACGUUGUUCUGUUUUGUAUUUCUGUAUCUUGUACUGAGCAUUGUGCAUGCACAAUCUUCCAUUGCUUUUCAGUCCUUCAGUUCCUGUGUCAACUUUACAUUACAAGAGUGAACGUGUGCAUUGAUACACACACAAAAAAAUCACACUGACAACCCUUCAAAUGUGCAUUGAUACCUGUGUGCAAAAAAGCAGACUUGACAUGAAUGCAUGCAUGUUAAGAUACUUUUUGUGCAGUGAUUUUCUGAUUGUAAAUGGAUGUCCAUUGCAGGAGGCGGCUCUAUCAUGAGGCCAUGUGAAGCAAUGGCCUCAGGUAGUGAAUAUGCCACAAGGCGACAAGAAUGUCAUCCCAUCUGUUUGGUGCCGGUGCCCAAUCUCCCUGGUGUGUUCCCCACUGGCUCAGCCUCCACUUUACUGGCCCAUAAACUGCCCAUUUCUCCCUCGACACUGGAUGGGGUGCACUGCCUCUGCUUGCCAUGAGGCAGUGGUUAACCUGCAUCCAAAGACAAAGUGGACAAGUUUGGUGAUUAGACGGGAGAGAAAGCAGGAGAGGGAGAGAGAGACAGAGCUCGUGCUAGCAUAGUGGCAAAGAAAAGAAGCCAGCAUGGGAAGCUGCCAGUGCUUGGAUGCACACUAAAUGAUGUCUCAUGGUAAGAUAGCAGGGGCAGCACACCACAUAGAAAGCAGCCUUAUACCAAGUCAAUGGUAUAACACUGACUGGUUUCCACGGAUUGGCAGUGGGUCUCCAAGGUUUCAGGCAGGAGUAUCUCCUAGCCCUACCUGGAAAUGCCAGGAAGUGACCCUGGAACUUCUGCAUGUGAGAAGAUGCUCUUUCGCUGAGUUAUGGCCCCAUCCCCUAAGAGGAAUACUUUACAGGGCUCAUAGGAAAUCUCCCAUCCAAAUGCAAACCAAGACAGACCUUGCUUAGCAAAGGUGACAAUUCUUGCUCGCUAACACAAGCCUGGCUCUGCUCCCUACUCAUGUCUGGUGGUGAGAGGCAAGAGGGAGGUAUCUGGGUCUGUGAGGGAUGUGGUGGCCGGGCCAGUAAGGGAACAGGAUGGUAUCAGCAUUGGCUCUGGCUCAGGAGAUGGGACAGGCCAACCAGGAGGCACGGAGGGAGCCAAGCGGCGACCCGGGUUCUGCCGCCAGCCCUGCCCCCUGCAUCUGACACAUGAUGUAGGGCACGUUUAGUCAUGCCCCCCAUGUCAUAUGUCAGAUGCAGGGUGUGUGGUUUUGUUCCCAUAUGGGGCCACGUGGCCCCAUGCAGGAGUGAAAUCAGCCAAUGGCCAGGAGUGGCUCUCCCUGCCUUUAAAAGGCAAGGAGAGUCGCUCCAGCCGUGCUGCCAACGGCCGACUUUGCUUGCAAACGGGGCCAUGCAGCCCCAUUUGGGAGUGAAAUCACACACCCACAUCUGUCAGAUGCGGGGGGAAUUCUGGGGCUGUGAGGCGUGGCCCCUGAUUGGCAGCGGCCUGAGUUCUUUGAACCUGUUUGCCCAAUGGCAACUCCACCCCUGGCAACAAGCCAGUGCUGAUCUAUUGCUCUAGCUGUGACUUCCUGUACAUUCCUUUUACUUCCCCUCUGGUCUGGCGAUUGGAAGGGGGCACACAUCCAAGGUGAUGGAUCUGACCUGGGGCCCAUGGUUUGCUGAUUUCUGCAUUUUUGCUUUCAUUUUUUUGAAAUGGCCCUGUGUGCACCCAUAUUUCUUCUACAUUAUCAUUCCCGGUCAGGUUUUUUGUAGGGCUUGAAAACUCUGCAAGGCCUUUUUGACUGGAGACAACAGUGAGCCAAAAUAAAAUAUCUGCAGAUCAUAGUAGGACUCAGUCAUAUCACCAGGCUUCAACCUUCCACAGCCUUAGACAGAUGUACAGAGAUGUUCAAUUAAGAAACAUUUGGGUUGUCACCCUUGGGCCCCCAGAUUUUGUGGGUCUACAAUUCCCAUAAUCCUGAGCCACAAUGGCCUUUGGCUAUUGGGGUUGGGGAUGAUGGGAGUUGUAGUACAACAGUAGGGGUGUGCACGAACUGGUCCAGAGGCCAUGAUAGAGGCCUCUGAACUGGUUCGAACGGGGCCCGGUCCGGUGGUCCUAUGCUGGCAGGGGUCUCCCUUUAAGGGCAGGGGGAUUGCACUUACCCCUCCCCCCACUUUCCCCCCACGAGUGCUCCCUUUUUCUGAAACGAUUUUGGGGCAGCAGCGUUCCUCCCUGCUGCCCCUGCCCCCGUUGCUAGCCAGAAAUACCGGAAGUCACAUGCGUGCGUGUGCUCGCCACACACGUUCUGUGUGCACGUUGUGUGUGUGAUGUGUACAUGUAGUGUGCAUGACGUGCGCAUACAAUGUGUGAAGGGCGCAGCGGGCACACGCACGCUUGUGACUUCUGGUAUUUCUGGCUAACAAUGGGGGCAAGGGCGGGAGGGAGGAACGCUGCCACACCAAAAUCAUUUCAGAAAAAGGGAGUGCUGGUGGGGGAAAAGAGGCAGGAGGGGUAAGUGCAACCCGCCCCACCCUUAAAGGGAAACUCCCACCGGCACCGGACCACCCUCCGCGGUUCCGUGUACAUCCCUAUCCAACAGCAUCUGGGGACCAAUGUUUGACAAUCCCUGCACUAAGAUGAAGAAGAUUAAAGGGAAAUGCAACAAAUGAAGAACAGCUGAAAACAUUUGGAAUUGUUGAUGUGUCAGGUGUAACUGCUUCCUGAUUACGUAGUCAUUCAUUUAUUUCUCUGGUUUAUUACUUUUGUUUACCAUUGUUAGCUCCAAUGCAUUUGUACUUUUCAAAGUGGAAGUGCUAGAUGGUUUUCUCUGGGAAAUAAAAUAAUGAUGGGAACAGGA